AUGGGGGAAAGUCUUCAAAUAGAUGAUAUCAAAACUGAGUACCACCCUACAAGUGGCCGCACUGCAAAAGUGGACCAUUUCUCUGAUUUCAAACGUGGAUUUUCUGGCAAAGCACGCAUCAAAAACUCAUGUCCGUGGCAGCCAUUCAAAUCCCGGGUUGACUUUGAAUUUGCGGAGGUCGCUCUUGAAGCAGCGUUAAAUAAAGACCAGAUAAAUAGAUUAGUCAAGGUCAUUCACCAGAGUAUACAAGACCCUGGCUCGUUCACUCUGAAAGAUCAAUCUGACCUUUACGAGACAUGGAAGAUUGCUUCUCAUGCCCUAACUCCGUUUGAAAAGACUGUAAUCAAUGUACCAUAUCAAGGCAAAGACCAUUCCUUUGAUGUUCAUUUUCGUUCGCUGUGGGAUUGGGCAUUGGACUUAUUAGGGAACCCGCACCUCUCAGAGCACUUUGUAUUUGAUGCCGAACGGCUUUCCAAAUUUAACGGUGACAAUUUUGUACAGUUCAUUGACGAACCAUGGACAGCUGGGGAUUUCUGGGAUAUUCAAUCAAGGCUUCCAGAUGGUGGAAAGCCUCUAUGUUUUAUUUUAUAUGCUGAUAAAACAAUUCUGUCUUCUUUCGGGACUGUAAAGGGCUAUCCCGUAAUUGCACGAUGUGCAAACUUGCCCACUGAUAUCCGAAAUGGUACAGGUGUUGGAGGUGGAAGAGUUGUAGGGUGGCUUCCGGUGCAUGAAUCAUUUUUAAAAGUUGUUGAAUCUUUAGAACUUCAUGCCAAGACUGGCUAUUAUUAUCAGCGCACUGAGGGUGAUGUUCUUUAUCUUUUCCCUAUUAUUUUGAUACUUUCUGCUGACUACGAGGAACAAUGUGCAAUGUCUUCAUUACGUGGGACAAAUUGUAAUUUUCCGUGCCCAAUAUGCCUUGUACCGAGGGACAAACUUUCAGAUACAACACAGACAUUUACUCGUCGGACCAGUGCUCAUUCAGAAUCUAUAUUACUAGAAGCGGAGCAGCAGCAAACAGCGGCAGACAAGGGAAUUGUCCUCAAAAACUGUGGACUUCGUCCUGUUAAGAAUGUCUUUUGGAGGUUCCGUUACUCUGAUGUGCAUCAAGCAUUAUCUUGGGACCGGCUACAUGCACAUAAUAGUGGCCUAUGGGGCCAUCAUCUCUGGAAGGAGUUUUUAUUCUGGAUAGAAGCAGAGGGCCGAGCAGCAUCCCAUCAGCUUGAUGAUCAGUUCAAUGGUAUGCCUCGUUGGCGAAAUCUGAACCAUUUUGACAGAGUGGCUAGCAUAGAAUUUUCGGAUGCAACAAAGCAUGAAGAUAUAUCCAAGUUCACACGACAGAGACUAUUGCAGCUGGCGGCAGAUGGACUUAGAGACAAAAGUUGGAACUUUCCGAAGAUGCACAUGAAUAAACAUGCAUUUGAAGACAUCGAAGCAAAAGGCGUAACCCGGAACUACAAUACAAAACCAAACGAGCAGUUACAUGGCCCACUCAAGGAUUCUUAUCGAUUCCGAACAAACUUCAAACACGUUGCUGAACAGUGUCUGGUGUCAUGCUUUAUCCGCCAGGAUAUAGCAGCUUUUGAUAGCCAGUUAAUGGGUGAUCUUGAAGGGGAUGAAGUUGACUUGAAGAUCACCAAAACGAGUCAUGUGUUGCUAGGCUCAAAGUGUCCUGCAACAUCAUUUCAAGGCCUGGAAGAAGCACGCAAGGAUGAUACAGCAUUCACAAGCUUUCGUAUAAGGCUCUCAAAUUACCUUAACAUAUUUUUCAGCGCAAAUAAUAUAGCAUUCCCUGGUGGGAAACGCAUCAAAUUGGGGGCUGAAGACAAGAUUACAGAAUAUUGUUUCAUGAAAGUUGACUAUGAAUCUAUAGUCGAUUGGCAACAAUAUACCGAUUACCUUCGAUGUAACCCUUGGUUUUACAAUCAUCCACAAUAUGAUUGUGUCCUACUGCAAACAGUGGACUCAAGGAUUUUUGCUCGCCUCAUCAUGCUAUUUAUUUGUACCAUUGAUCAGGUUGAUUAUCCGUUUGCACUGGUUCAACCAUAUGAUGCUCCAGUAGGUCAGCGGUGA